ACUGGAAGCAGAACUUCUCUCACUGGAAGGGUGAAUCCAAGUCGGAAAGAAAUGAAAAUGAUGCACUUUCAUCUCAAUCUGCCUGGGGCAGCCAGGAGUGCAGCAAUGGAGAUUCUUCAUCAUAUAGACGGAAGACGAUCAAGAUCUGGUUCCACCUUGUCGACCUCUUCACGUACGUCUGAUACUGCGGAAGGUGAUGUAGGUCAUACAGAUGAUAUCCCAAUCUUGGUCAUCUCAGGAACAGAGAAUUGGGAGAUCGACACCUCAUCCAGGAGUGACCGCAGAGGUUCUGUGAACUGGGAGAAAAUGCCAGAAAUGGACAGGUCAUCCAGCCCCAGCAAGGAAGCUCUCAAUGAGGAAAAGAAAGAACUCAAAGUCAUGGCAAGGGAAGGGCGAUGGUCUAACAGUCUCAGUCAACGAGCUUCUGCUUAUAGCCAUGUAGUUAAAAACAUCAGGUGCCGCUCAGUGACACCUGAUGCUGAAGUGUAUAAAAGUAUAGCAAGUAAGCUGUUUGGAGAGUGCAGCAUAAGCACACACCCACUGCCUGAGUUCAUGGAAGGCUGCCCAAUACCUCACUACUGUCUUAAUGCUGAUGGAAUAACUAGUGUUAAAAAGAUUCUCAUAUGCAUAGGCAACCAGUUCCCUGAUAUUACUUACUGCCCAGUCCUUCCUUCUAUUGUUGCACUGCUAUUGCACUAUUGUGAAAAUGAAGCUGAUUGCUUUGAGCAUGUUUGCAGGAUUAUAGGCUCAAAUGACUCCAAGACUCACUAUAUUGAUCAGACAUUCCUUGUCUAUGAAGCCUCUUGUAUGACAUUUGGUGACCUUGUCAGCAAACAUUGUCAAACAGUCCACAGGCUGCUUGUUAACACUUCCCCUAGCAUUCUGAAAGUCUACUCAAAAUGGGCCACAUGGAUGUUUGGUGAGCUCCCAUUUGAGUAUGCCAUUCGGGUACUAGAUGUUUUUCUAGUUGAAGGGCAGAAGGUAUUGUAUCGUGUUGGCCUUGCCUUGCUUAAGCACUACAGAUAUUAUGUGGCAUCCAGAGAAGCUGAGAUCGCUGAUGUUCAAAAAGACAUUCAGAACUUCAUGAACAACAUUGGAGAACAUGUGACCAUUGACAGGCUAUUUGAAAAGGCUUUCAGAAUCAGACUAUUUUCUCGGAAAGAAAUUCAGUUGCUUCAGCAAGCUAAUAUAAAUGCCUUGACACAGAAGGGUAUCACAGUAAGACAACGCAGGCAGUCGGUCCAUAUAGCUGUAGACAUCAUGAAUUUUUCUUCCGACACAGUUACUGCCCAGGAGAUGAGGAUGGUGUGGUCCUGGAUUCCAGAGAGAUUUGCCUUAUUUCAGCCAGUCCUGUUAUUCAGUACAAUGGAGAAUGGUUACAGUCUGCAGAGGUUUUAUGCAUGCUGUGAAGAUCACGCACCAACAGUUCUCCUCCUCAAAACAAUCGAAGGGGAAGUUUGUGGUGCAUUUCUUCCCAGUGACUGGAAAGAGAGGAGAAAGAUGGAAGGAGCAGGUUCAAAUUUUUUCGGAACAGGAGAAUGCUUUGUCUUCAGCCUGCGCCCAGAAAUGGAACGAUUUGUGUGGGUGCUUGUUAAGAAUCCCCAUCUUACAAAACCUGAGAGUCUGAUGUCUUCUUCAAGAUCUCCAUCACCCGCAUCUUACCUGUCAGUGCCUGGUAGUGAAGCUUACGGGCAAUCUCCAUCAUUCCUGUCACUAAAGAACUUUCAGCUGUCUUCCAAGUCUGCAUCCAUGUUCAUGUCAGGAAGCAAUGAUGCUAUCAUUAUCGGUGGUGGAGGAGGCCAAGCACUCUACAUCGAUGGAGACCUCAACAAAGGAAGAACAGAACAUUGUGACACCUUUGAUAACCGUCCCCUUUGUAAGGAGAAUUUCCAGAUCCAGCAUUUGGAAGUGUGGGGAAUUCAAGGCUCAACACUUAUAUGAAAACAAAAUAAGAGGCAAGAGAUGCCUCAAUAAAUGAAUGGACUGUACAGUCAUCUAUGUACCUGCUGGAGAUUGCUUUAAGGUUAUAUUCGUAGUAUAAGCCAAACUUUCCUAGUAUGGUGUCAUAGGCCACCUAAAAUUCUGGCAUGGAAAAAUGACAGGGAGGAAUGCAGGCCAAAGGAAACUGCACUCCAAACCAGCAAUCCUACACUAUGAACUCUUGCUAGGAAAAAGCCUAACCACAGGAGCUAUUGCUUGGUAUAACGGAUAAAAGUAAAGAAUACAGUAAACUGAAAUAUUUGUUCAAAGACCAGUUCCUAAAUGGGAGGAAAGGUUCCAUUCAAGUCUUUGUUAAACUAACUGUGACACUGUUUGGAAAAGGGCCCACAGCAGGUGACAGUUUUAUGCACUAUUCUCCAAACCUUCAUUAUAUCCCGCCCAAAUAUCUCAAAAAUAUCAGUUCUACUCUGCUGUGCUGUGUGGUAGUACGGUUCAGAAAUACUCAUUUAUAAAUCAUAAAAUGCUUUCACAACACUUUGUGUAAUUAUGUCCUGUAAACUCCUACUUGUUAUUAACAGAAGGGUCAGAAAAGACUGAAUCCUAUGCAUUACCUUGAUAUAUGAUACUUCCAUUUUACAUGCAUUUAUGUUAUUUCACUACAGUCUUUUAAUUAUGGGUAUAUUUCCAGAAUAAUACAUCCCUGCAUAUAUUGCAACUUUGUAUACACACACAUGUACAUAUGCUUAAACAGAAACACAGUUGCA